GUUCCAGUAGUUCACCCUUUAAUCGCAUAAGCGGGCGUGGUGCUGCGAUCUUCAGCGAUUCGCAGCAGUUCGUCGGGAAGACAGGCAAAAUGGCGGACGGCGUGGAUAUUGAUCUCUACGCCGACGAUCUCGAGCAAGACUUUAACCAGGAGGGAUACAAUGAGCACGAUGCCAACGUGGAUCUUUACGACGACGUUAUUGCUGCACCGUCCAGCGAUGGAAAUGCAGACGAGGUGUCUGGGAUUGGUAACCAGUCCCAGGGAAACAGCCAUCCUUCAAAGCGUGUGGCUCUGUACAUUGGAAACUUGACUUGGUGGACUACGGACCAAGACGUCACCGAUGCCAUAAGUGCUGUUGGGGUCAACGAUGUGUUAGACAUCAAGUUUUUUGAGAACAGAGCCAAUGGCCAGUCGAAGGGAUUCUGCAUUGUGACUUUGGGAUCGGAUAGUGCAGUCCGUGCUGUCAUGGAAAAGUUGCCCAAGAAGGAACUUCAUGGUCAGAACCCAGUGGUAACCACGUGCAGUCGUCAGCACCUGAACCACUUUGAGAUGCAAAGUCGCAAGCCCAGCCAGGCUUCGUCACAGUCACGGGAGUAUGAUGAGUUUUACCGUGGCGAGCGCCGCAUGGAUCGCUUCGUGGGGAAGUACGAUCGGAAUUCAGUUGGCUUUGAUGGCAAGGGACGAGGCGAACGUGAUCCAUACCACUUGGGGGGUGGCGGUAACGACAGGGGUCCCCCUUCGGCUCGGCUGGGGCCCCGGGGCCCUUCACCCCAGGGCCGCUCAGAGCGGAGCCGCCCCUUUCCAAACCAGGGACGCAUGCCCCCUGUGGGACCACCACUGAUUGGGCAGGCCCCACCGCCUCCUCAGUACACUCCAGGUGGGCCCUCACACAACUACCCACCUCCACCAAUGAGGCUGGGAGGACCUCCGCCACCGCAAGUGCACCCCCCAGGGCCGCCACCUCCUCUGCGGCCACCGCCCCCACAGAGUGGUCCCCCACCACCAUUGCCAGCCAACCUGCAGGGCCCCCCGCCACCCACUGGGGCAGUGCCCCCACGAACAGGACCACCGCCACCAAGCCUCUUACGCAUGCCCCCUCCAAGAGGGCCUCCGCCGCCGCUAGGAGCACCCAGGGGUCCACCGUUGAUACCAGAUCACAGGGGCCCACCACCUGUGACCAACGACUGGGAGAGGCAACAAGGUGGAAUGCAUUCUCUGCCCCCAGUGUCGCAGCCUCCACCCCACCCUGGUGGAGUGCCCCCCGGCCCUGCCCCACCGGGUAUGCCUCCCAAUCGGCUGCCACCGCCUGUGCCCCCAGUGGUGCCGGCUCCAAACGUGCCGCCGCCAGCGCCCCAUGUGAACCCGGCGUUUUUCCCUCAACAUGCGGGACUGCCGCCACCACCAACCACGUCUCAGCCUUCAGACCCGUACGGCAGGCCACCCCCUACGCAGUACACACAUGACUACCGUGGACCCACCAAUGACAGCCACCCUUAUUCAGUAGAUCCGAGGAGUAUGUUGCCUGCAUCAUCAUCUAUGCCCUCAAGGCACACUAGAGAGCAGCAUGACAGACGUGACAUGAAGAAGCAAGUCUUUUCGGCCAACAAGUCCAACAUGUGUAGGCAAGACCCGCUGAAUCCUCCCAUCAAUGAGUCCGAGUUUGAAGAGAUCAUGUCCAGGAACAGGACAGUGUCAAGCAGUGCCAUUGCCCGUGCUGUGGCAGACGCCAGCACAGGUGAAUUUGCCAGUGCCAUUGAGACUCUGGUGACUGCCAUUUCGCUCAUCAAGCAGUCAAAGGUGGCCAACGAUGACCGCUGCAAGAUUCUGAUAAGCUCUCUGCAGGACACCCUGCAUGGCAUCGAAUCAAAAUCCUACAGCACCAGGAGUAAGGACCGUCCGCGCUCCAGGGAGAGGGACCGGUCACGAGAGCGAUCGUCACGCCGAGAGAAGUCGAGUAGGCGUGACCGGUCGCGCAGCCGUGAGCGGGACUACAGAGACCGGAGCCGCGAAAGAGACCGCUACCAUGAGGACCGCUACCGAGACAAGGAGAGGGAGCACCGCAGUCGCCACUAAGUGGCCCUCUUCAACACCGCAUUGGCGACAACUGACCUGCAGCAUCGCCAUGUCUGCAGCAGGUCUAUUUUUCUAUUCCUCAGUAGCCACACCACCAUUGAAUUGUUUGUCUUGGUUGUACUGUAAAAUGUCAUUAAACAAGGAAAAAAAAAGAAAAAGGGCCUGUUUGUACUCACAAAUAAAUAUUUCUUUAUUACUGUUA